GACGGACGGCGGCGGAUGAUCCCGGCGGUUCUUCAGCACCAGCUGAGGCUCGGUUCUGCUCUUCCAUCGGAUCUUCUGCUGCUCUGAGGCAAACAUGGCGUCUGUGGAGUUCUACUCUAAGGGGGAAAGGGUGUGGCUCCCUGACCCGGAUGCAGUCUGGGUUUCAGCAGAACUCCUCCAGGACUACAGACCUGGAGAUGAGCAGCUGUGGCUCCGCCUCCUGGACGGCCAUGAGGUGCACUAUCCUCUGCGCUCCCCGGCGGACCUCCCUCCUCUGAGGAACCCCGACAUCUUGGAGGGCGAGAACGACCUGACCGCCCUGAGCUUCCUGCACGAGCCCGCCGUGCUGCACAACCUCCGGGUCCGCUUCCUGGACUACAGCAGCAUCUACACCUACUGCGGCAUUGUGUUAGUGGCCAUCAACCCUUAUGAGAGCCUCCCCAUUUACGGCGAAGAGGUGAUCGACGCGUACAGCGGUCAGGACAUGACGGACAUGGAGCCACACAUCUUCUCCGUGGCGGAGGAGGCUUACCGCACCAUGAUCAGAGAGGAGAGGAACCAGUCCGUCAUCAUCAGUGGGGAGUCUGGCUCAGGAAAAACGGUCUCCGCCAAAUUCACCAUGAGAUACUUCGCCGUGGUGGGAGGAGCCUCUCAGCAGACCAGCGUGGAGGAGCGGGUCCUGAGCUCCAACCCCAUCAUGGAGUCCAUAGGGAACGCCAAAACCACUCGGAACGACAACAGCAGCCGCUUCGGGAAGUACAUCGAGAUCGGCUUCGGGAAGAACGGAGACAUCAUCGGAGCCAACAUGAGGACGUAUCUGCUGGAGAAGUCCAGGGUCGUCUUCCAGGCCUCAGCAGAGAGGAACUACCACAUCUUCUACCAGCUCUGCGCCUCCAGAGACCUGCCGGAGAUGAGAGCGCUGCAGCUGGACGCAGCUGAACGCUUCUUCUACACCAACCAGGGGGGGGACACUCAGGUGUGUGGCGCCGAUGAUCUGUCGGAUAUGGAGCGCACGCGUAACGCCUUCACGGUUCUGGGCGUGCAGCCGGAGCAGCAGAUGGAAAUCUUCAGGAUCCUCUCAGGUGUUCUGCACCUGGGAAACGUCAGAGUUCAGUCUAGUGGGAGGAGCUCCGACAGAAGCUUCAUCGAGGUAGAGGACCGCUCUCUGGCCGUGUUCUCGAAGCUCUUGGGGGUGGAGGGGCCGCAGAUCUGUCACUGGCUGUGUCACCGCAGACUGGCGGUGGGGGGGGAGAUGCUGGUCAAACCCGUGUCUGCUCAGCAGGCCCUGGAGGCCAGAGAUGCUCUGGCCAAACACGUCUACGGUCAGCUGUUCGGCUGGACGGUGCAGCGGCUCAACUCGGCGCUGCGCAGCCAGAGGGGGAAGGUCAAGUCCUUCAUCGGCGUGUUGGACAUCUACGGAUUCGAGACGUUUGACAGGAACAGCUUCGAGCAGUUCUGCAUCAAUUAUGCAAAUGAAAAACUGCAGCAGCAGUUCAACAGGUCGGAGCUGGUGGCGGAGCUCUUCCAGCUCCAGGAGAGCUCCUCUCUGAGCCAAGGAGGUUCCCGCUCCGGGAGGAAGACCGCCAGAGAGCACAAGCUGACCGUGGGCUUCCAGUUCCGCCAGUCCCUGCAGAUGUUGAUGGACACCCUGAACAGCACCACCCCUCACUACGUCCGCUGCAUCAAGCCCAAUGACCUGAAGGAGGCGUUCAGGUUUGAUCCAAAGAGGACCGUCCAGCAGCUGAGAGCCUGCGGGGUUCUGGAGACCAUCCGGAUCAGCGCUCAAGGUUACCCAUCCAGGUGGACCUACGAGGAGUUCUUCAGCCGGUACCGGGUCCUGCUGCCGGGGCCUCAGCACCUGCAGCGAGCGCAGGCCUCGUGCAGAGAGACUCUCCCGCAGCUCAUCCCAGACCCGGACCAGUACUGCUUCGGGAAGACCAAAGUCUUCUUCCGGGCCGGUCAGGUGGCUCUUAUGGAGAGGCUGCGGGCCGAAAGGCUGCGAGCCGCAGCCGUGAUCAUCCAGAGCCGAGCCAAAGGCUGGCUGCAGCGGGUCCGGUUCACCCGGGUCCUCCGGGCCGUGGCCACCAUCCAGAGAUACUGCAGAGGCUCACAGGCCAGGAGGCAGGCCCGCCUCCUGCGCUGCAGUAAGGCGGCCUUGGUGAUCCAGAAGAACUACCGCAUGGUGGUGGUCAGGCAGCUGUUCCUGAUGAUCCGGCAGGCCACCCUCACCAUCCAGGCCUUCAGCCGGGGCACGCUGGCACGCCGCAGACACAGACGGAUGGUGGCCGAGCGGAGAACCGUGCUGCUCCAGGCCAGGGUGCGUGGAUGGCUGGCGAGGCGGGCUUUCCGGCGUGUGCGUGCGGCUGUGGUCUACAUGCAGUGCUGCGUGCGGCGCAGAGCUGCCAGGAAGGAGCUUCUGAAGCUCAAGAAGGAGGCACGCUCAGUGGAGAGGUACAGAGAGCUGAACAAGGGCAUGGAGGUCAAACUGAUGCAGCUGCAGCUGAGAGCCGACCAGCAGGCGAAGGAGAAUUCUUCUCUCCGGGAGACACUGGCCGCUCAAAGAGAAGCUGCCAGCGCUGAGCUGGAGGCUCUGAGGGCGACCGUGCAGAAACUGCAGAGUCAGAAGCAGGAGAAGCCGCCUCCUCCCAUCAGUGACAAAGAGGUGGAUGAAAGAAAGAGAGCAGAAGAAAAGGCGGCCCAGGAGAUUCUUCGUCUCCAGCAGGAGCUGGAAACUCUGCAAAGAGAGAAGGAGCAGGUCUGCGAGGAGAAGGAGGAGCUGGCUGCUCGUUUGCUGCAGCUCCAAAAGGCAGAAGCAGCGUCUGUGCAGCGGGCCGUGCUGACGGCCAGCGCGGCGCUGCAGGCCGAGCUGGACGAGGAGAAGGCGAAGUAUCAGGGCCUCCUGAGGGACUUCACCAGGCUGGAACAGAGAUACGACAACCUCAAGGAGAUGAGUCUGCUCACGGAGAACCUCCCUCCAGCAAAGGGCCACAGAAGGAGUGACUCCACCCAGAGUCUGAGCCUGGAGCCUCCUUCUCCAUCCUCACCUUUCCAGCCUGCUUUCCCCUCCCCAGAGGAGGCGCGCAGGGUCAGCGUGACGUCUCCUGGUCCAGAGAGGAGGUCUUUGGUGUGGAGCUCUGAAAGUCCAAAGGAGCAGCUGAUGGAGAAGAUGGAUGUGGCCAAAGACCUGGUGGUAAAAAUGAGCGCAGAAGACCUGGAACACGCCUACGACGCCGUACGAGUGGCCAACAAGUUUCUGGAGAGUCAGCUGCGAAAGCAGCAAACUCAGCGGGAGGAGGGGCUGGAGGCUGUGAGGCGGCAGGAGGCCGCCGGGUCUGCUUCUGCAGAGCCAGAGGAGCUCCAGGACCUGCUGGAGGCCAGGGAGCAGGAGUGUGUGCGUCUGAGGAGGGAGGUGAAGGAGCUGAGGAGCACCGUGUCGCUCAGACGGCUCCUGACUGCAGCUCUCCCCUCAGCGCUGAGCCCAGAAAUCCCACGACCCCUGAAGGCAGCAGAGGUCCCUGGUCUACUGGAAUGCAGGAAACGAGAUGAAAACAAACUCAUCAAGAACCUCAUCACAGAUAUCCGUGCUGACGCCGCCCUCUCCCUGCCUCCCGGCCUUCCCGCCAGCGUGCUCUUCCUGUGCGUGCGUCAGGCCGACUGCAGCGGAGACCCGGCUCGAGCUCGCUCCUUCUGCGGCGCCGCCGUCACCGCCAUGAAGGCCGCGCUGAAGAAACACGGAGACGACGUGAACAUGACGGCUCUGUGGCUGAAAAACGUCUGGCUGCUGCACGACCUGCUGAAGCAGCACUCUGCCAACCAGAGCUCGUCCUUGGAGGUGCGGCCUCCUCUCUCGGCUGACAUGGGGGAGGAGCAGCGCGUGCUGAGCGACCUGUGUAUCCGGGCGGUGCAGCAACUCCUCUCCAUCACGGAGACGCGUCUGCAGAGCAUCACAGUCCCCGCCCUGCUGGAGAGUGAGAGCAUCACGGGCCUGUCGGGCUCGGCGGUGAAGAUGGGCGUGUCCAGGAAACGGGCGGGCUCCGGCCCCCGGCCUGCAGGCGGCGAGGCCCCCACCAUGGCGUCGGUGCUGCGGGAGCUCGGCGUCCUCUACGCAGCGCUGACCCAGCAGGCCCUGCCCCCCAGCCUGAUGGAGCAGGCCUUCCAGCAGCUGACCUACCUGAUCUGUGCGUCCGCGCUCAACAGCCUGCUGCUGAGGAAGGACAUGUGCUGCUGGAGCCGCGGCAUCCAGAUCCGCUACAACGUCAGCCUGCUGGAGGAGUGGCUGCGCAGCAGAGGUGUGCAGGCGGGGGGCGCCGUGGCCGCACUAGAGCCUCUCAUCCAGGCUGCGCAGCUGCUGCAGGUGGGGAAGAAGAGCCCUGCAGACGCGCAGGCCAUCGUUCAGACCUGCACCGCCCUCUCCAGCCAGCAGAUCGUGAAGAUCCUGAUGCUCUACACACCCAGCAGCGACCUGGACGAGAGGGUCACCCUGAACUUCAUCCGGACGGUGCAGGCGCUCCUGAAGAGCCGCUCCGACCAGCAGCCGCCGCAGCUACUGAUGGACGUCAGGAGAGUCUUCCCGCUCAAGUUCCCGUACCUGCCCCCACCUGCGCUCCACGCCCAGGAUCUGCUCAUCCCAGACUCCCUAAAGGUCUCGUUUCUGCGCAAGGCCUGAAGAACGCCACGGAGAGCGCCGGAGGUCUGGAUCG